AUGUCAACCAUAAAUGUUCGGGUUACAACCAUGGAUGCUGAGCUGGAGUUUGCCAUCCUGCCCAGCACAACUGGCAAACAGCUUUUUGACCAGAUAGUGAAGACUAUCGGGCUGAGGGAAACCUGGUUCUUUGGCCUCCAGUAUCAGGACAGCAAAGGCUUCUCCACUUGGCUCAAGCUGAACAAGAGGGUGACAGCUCAAGAUGUGAAAAGGGACAACCCUUUGUUGAUUAAGUUCAGGGCCAAGUUUUACCCUGAGGAUGUCGCUGAUGAACUGAUCCAGGAAGCAACGCAGCGCCUCUUCUUUCUGCAGGUCAAAGAGAGCAUCCUAAAUGAUGACAUAUACUGUCCACCAGAGACUGCGGUGCUCUUGGCUUCAUAUGCGGUUCAGGUCAAACAUGGAGACUACAAGAAAGACUAUCACGUACCGGGAUACCUGACAAGAGACAAGCUGCUGCCACAGAGGGUUUUGGAGCAACACAAGCUGAAUAAGAAUCAGUGGGAGGAAAGAAUCCAGGUGUGGCAUCAAGAGCACAAGGGAAUGCUGAGAGAAGAUGCCAUGGUGGAGUACCUGAAGAUAGCCCAGGAUUUAGAGAUGUAUGGGGUCAACUACUUCAACAUCAAGAACAAGAAAGGAUCAGAGCUGUGGUUGGGUGUGGAUGCCUUGGGUCUGAAUAUCUAUGACAAAAAGGACAAGAUGACCCCGAAGAUUGGUUUCCCCUGGAGUGAGAUCAGAAAUAUUUCCUUCAAUGACAAGAAGUUCGUGAUCAAGCCAAUCGACAAGAAGUCUCCGGACUUUGUUUUCUACGUACCUCGUCUUCGCAUCAACAAACGUAUCCUGGCAUUGUGUAUGGGGAAUCAUGACCUGUACAUGCGCAGACGUAAACCUGACACCAUUGAGGUGCAGCAGAUGAAGGCCCAGGCCAGAGAGGAGAAGAACAAGAGGCAGAUGGAAAGGGCUCUGCUUGAGAGUGAGAAAAAAAAACGAGAAAACGCUGAGAAGGAAACAGAGAAGAUUGCCCGUGAGACCAUGGAGCUGAUGGAGAGAUUGAGACAGAUUGAAGAGCAGACAAAGAGAGCUCAAGAUGAGCUGGAGGAGCAGACUCGGAGGGCUCUUGAGUUAGAGAAGGAGAGGACAAUUGCUCAGGAGGAGGCUGAGCGCCUGGACAAGGAGCGCAGAGCUGUAGUGGAAGCUAAAGCAGCCCUAUUAUACCAAUCUGAAACCCAGAUCAAGAAUCAGGAGAGCUUGGCCACUGAGCUGGCAGAGCUUACCUCUAAGAUCUCCCAGCUGGAAGAUGCUAAGAAGAAAAAGGAUGAGGAGGCAAAGAGAUGGCAGAAAAGGGCGGUGAUGGUAGAAGCUGAUUUGGAGCGAACCAAAGAGGAACUGAAGACUAAACUCAUAGGUGUCCACAUCCAGGAUUCAGUCCACUCUCACAUGCACGAGCACGAUGAGACGGAUGAGAGCAGCGCAGAGGCCAGCGCUGAGCUGACUUCUCCAGGCAUGGUCCGAGACCGCAGCGAGGAGGAGAGAGUAACAGAGGCCCAGAAGAACCAGAGACUGCAGAAGAACCUCAAGUUCCUGAGCACUGAGCUGGCUGAAGCUGUAGACGAAAGCAAAAAGACCCCCAACGACCUGAUCCAUGCUGAGAAUGUGAAGGUGGGCCGUGACAAAUACAAGACCCUACGUCAGAUUCGUCAGGGCAAUACCAAGCAACGCAUUGAUGAAUUUGAGUCCAUGUGAGACUAUGUGUUGUAGGCCUACUCAGACCGAAGGAAGGACAAGGAUAGAUAAUAAAUUGGACACAGAUUUUAGAAAUGCGGGUGUAGACAAUUGCAUAUGUAGUAAAUUAACCUGAAUAUGACAGUAAAUGAUAUUGAUACUGUGCUUUGAUGCCUUUAAUGUCCAUGAUUUUAAUACUAUUUCAAUGAUAAAUAAGUCACCAAGAAAAUGACAAUCCUUGAGGAUACAUUUUUAAUUUCAAAAGAAAAAAAACACAUUACCAGUGUAAUUCAAUGCUGGAAAUAUUCAAGGCUAAAACAUCACCAGGGCUCUCAUUUAUGAAAAGGUUUGCUGUUGUCCUUUUCAAUCCUAUUACACACAUUUGCAAUAUCAGUGUGCCAAAUAAUGAAAAGCGUAUUAAUACUGAUUAUAAGCAAUGGCAUUUAAGGCACUUGUUAUUACUCCAAAUAAAUAAACAUUAAAUCCUCUAUCCUAAAUAAAUCCUAUACUUUGUUGCAGAAAUAAAAUACACAAAAACACCAUCAGUGUGUUGUGUGUGCAUCAGUUCCCAUAUGAAUCAGUGAGCGUCACCUUCACUGUGCCAACUGAGGCAACACUGUUUGUGCAGUACAAAAAACAGAUGAGCUGUAAUCUAAAAUAAAACCCAAUUAUCACCUUCAAAUAGAUGAGUGGCUAUCUAAUAUGAAUAAACAUAAAAUAACUACAUUGGCACUGGUGUACUGCAUAUAAUCCUCAAUUCCUUCACUUGAUCCUCUGCACCUCUGCCAUCUCACUGCCUCAACUGCCAAGUGCAUGGUUUCCAGAGACAAUCCAGCAGCAAGUCAGACUUCGCAUUUCCUGGUGUAAUAUAUUGCUAUAACACAAAGAGGAAAUAUGCCCAAGUUAAUAGAAAUUCGAUUGAUCUUGUUUUGAUUAAGUUUCUCCAGCUGUCUACACCAUUUGUACUCUGUAGGCUUCUCUUACACCCUUCUCUUGUUGCUGAAUGCUCAUCUAUC